UAAAAUUGCAUUAUUAUUGAUUGGGAACAUAACACACCGAAAUCUAAACCCUACGUAUAACCAACUUCAUUCUUUGAUUUAUAUUUCUUCUGCCGUCGUUGUUGACCUUCAAAGUUGAGAACAGUAUCUCGGGAUUGAAUCUCUCAGCCGUCGGUUCGGUCAGAUAAAAAGGCUUAAGGAACCUAUUUGUGCAAAGGGAAUAAACAAAAGAAAAUGUGUUUGGUAUUGUUGUGUGGUAAAGAAGAGAGGGUUUUGGGAAGAAUGGAAGCUCCUGGGUUUUGUCCGCACUGUGGGGGCAAAGUGGAGGCCGUCGAUGUUGAGAGGCGAUGGAGGUUAUGUUUCUUGCCCAUUUGCUUCAAGAUCAAGAGAAAUUAUUCAUGCACCAUAUGUGCCAGGCGUUUGGUCUUGUAUUACUAGAUUUUUUUGCUAUUUUCUUUGGAUCAGACUUCAAUUCUUUCAUGUUUAUAAAACUUUUUUUUCCCCUUUUUGAGGACAAUGUAAAAAAACUCAAAGCAUUUCAAUGGAUGCUGCUGAUAACUGUAUAUGCUCUUCUCCCUGUAGAAAUGCAACAUUUUCUUUUUCUUU